AUGGAGAAUGCAAUUGGCAAGAUUUACUUUACUUAUAUUCCGGAACAUAAAGGCGUGAUCGAGAAUAAGAAUACUGAUAGAUUGGCUAAAAAAGAUGCAACAAUUAGCAUGCAUGAAAAGAAAAAAUUAUCACCAUAUAAUAGUUUUAUGAAAUUUAAUCUCCCAAUAAUUAAAAGAAAUAAUCCAGAAUUAGAUCAUAAUGCAGCAUUUAAAUUAGUAGCAUCCAUGUGGAAAGAUUCGAUUAACAAUCCAAAAAAUGAUUUUACCAAAUAUUUGUAA